GAGCAAGGGAAACUUAUUGAAAUAGAAUGCCUGGAAUGUGAAUAUGAAAUAAAAAAAAUUGGCACUAAAAUUGCAACUUAUACCAAAGGAGUCGUUGAGGCUCAGCUGGAAUUAGUUAAAAAGCUUGAGUUAACCUUAGAACAUGCAGUUCAGUUGGGAGAUCCUGAUGUGAUUCAGGUUGUUUGUACAACCCAGUGGAAUCUGUGCUUACCACUGCUACAACACAAUUUGCAUCAACAUGUGCGAAAGCCAUUGAUAUCAGUUGCUGAUGUCCUUGAAGAGAUUGACAGCAUGUUGAUCUUGUUGCGUUGCCAAGUUCAUAUGGAAAUAGCUCGUAUUGAAGAAGGUGGGGAUAGAAUAGAGGCUGCUGUGGAACAUUUACAAAAAGCUAUACAUCUAAACAACAGCGGGCAGUAUCAAGAACAUCUAAGACUGACUUUUAACCGUCUUCGUUUAUGCGCUGUGCUGUAUAAGUCACCUGAGUGUCUAGAGGAUCGGGCAGUAAUGAUGAUUGAACAGGCUAAAAGGGGAAAGCAGAAGGAUAAUGUGAGGAAAAAGAGGUCCCUUCUGGUAAACGCAGGUCUUGCACUAGCUCCUGAUUCAUUUCAAAUAGUCCUUGACAGUGAAAAUGAAGCUAAAGUUUCUUCAGGUAAAAGUAGGAGUCAAAUAAGCUACCUCUGUGCAAAAGCACAACAUCAUAUUAAAUGCAUGGAGAAAGUUGAUGAACAUUUGAAGCACUUAAGAAAUGAAAAGGACAGAGAGAGAAUUAUACUUUGGGCAGAUUUGGCAAAAGUUGCACGUAAACAAGAAGUAUGGGAUGUCUGCCGUGCAGCAUGCAGAUUUUGUCUCUUGUAUGAUGAAACUUUGUGGUCCAAUCAAAAUAAAGACAGUUUAAUAAGUAAAGCAAAAGCCGCGCACGCAACUGAUGAUGAUGAGGGUGACGGCUUACUGAGAGAAUCAUUACUACCUGCUAAAUCAUUCUCUUUUGAAAGAGAUUUGCUCAGAAUAUUAGCAGAAAUAAGAUUCAUUAAUGCAGAGGCAACUGUUCAUUUAUUGAGGUUGCAGGGAAUUGAACUGAAUGAUCAUGCUGUACCUCCAGAAGAUACAAGGCAGUAUAAUCCAGGAUAUGUUUCAUAUCUUUCUGAAAAUGAUCCAGAAUGGAAGACAUACAGUUUAUGGAUAGACUACUUAUCUCAGUACGCUAUGGAAAACUUCCAACGUGCAGCCGAAAUAGGGGAAGAAUUGAAUGAAGCCUGGAUUGUUCACAAUGCUGUGGUGUAUAUCUUAAACUACAACAGGCAUCUGAUCUCCUCAGGAAGACAAAGGGAAAUUAUUGAGUAUCUGCAGACUCUUCUUGGAGCCAUGAAGACUGUUGGGCACAAUGGAAGCACUGAGAUUUUAUUGAUGUUAUGUAAUGCUUUGGCUCGGGGCUUAAUUCUUUGUUGGAUUCCAAAGCCAAAACUUUUUGAGAAGACAAAAAAAGAUGCAUCUUUUUCAGUGGAUCCCAGUGGACUUUGUGAUAUCAAAGCUGCCUUAGAGAUUUGUGAAUUUGCCUUAAAAGUGACAACUGCCAUCAUACCUAAUGAAACAGUACCUAUUGCUGCACAACAACAGAUCAUUGCUACAUGGGUGAAAGCAAAACAGUUAAAUCAGCAGCAGAUCAGACAGAAACUUGGGACUGAGGAGGAGAAUAAUGAAGAAGCACAAAACCCUGUGGCAAGAAUUCUUGUUGGCCUAGAAAUGUAUUCAUGUAAUGGCUUGGGUCUCAUGGAUUUCACUGUUCCUAGCUUAUCUCAGUUAGUGAAAUUGGCUUUAGAAUGCAGUUGGUCAGAUUCCUUAGUGGAAUUGCAGACACUGACACGACUUACAUAUUUUGCAUAUGCAUCACGUGACUAUGAAAUAGUGAUGACUUGUUCCAAAAGGAUCUUGCAAUCUAAUGAGAACUUUUUCCACGACAGAGAUACUAAGAAAUAUGAAAUGCCUGGUAACAGAGUGAGACAAGAAAUGUUAAGCACUACUGCCUGUAUACAAGGAAAGAGUAUAAUGGAACAUUUGUCUGGAAGAAAACAUUUGCGUGUAGCAGCAUCAAAAGCCUUUGUUCAGAGUGCCAGGUAUGCAGGUGAAGCUGGAAAUUAUUCCCUUGUAAUGUUUGCAGCUAGACACUUUUGGAAUACGUGUUUACCUUUGCUGGGUUCUCCACAUGACAGAGAGCA